UUCCGCUGAAUGCCAUCUAUCGUCAGGAUCUGAGCUUACUGUCUUAUUCUGCUGCACUCAGUUGGUUAUGGCUUUUGUAGUGGCAAAAUCAGACUUUGUAGGCACACUUCUGGAGACGCUGUGCUACGGGAUGUAUUUCGUGCUAUUUUCCAGAUUUCUUUGCGUACUAUAUGCAAGACAGCAGGCAGGCAGGCGAAUACGGUAUCUCCUUGCAAUUGCGCUCAUGAUAUUUUCACUGAUCACCGCGCACCUGGCAAUACAGGUCAAUCGCAUACUUCACGCGUUUACGGAUCACAUGGACGUAGCGAAUGCCCCCGUAACGUUCUAUCAUGCGCUUAACAGACGCGAAAGUGCCGUAAAGACUGCCAUCUAUACAGCGUUAACCCUUUUAUGUGAUGUCCUCAUGGUAUAUAGAGUAUUCGUGGUAUACGAGCGCAAGCGUUCCACAAUAGUCGUCCCUUGUUUGCUCUUUCUUGCUGAUACAGUUACGCUGGCAUUGAAUCUGCUGUGCACGGGUAAGGGCGUCGAAUACGAGCGUGAUGGUUAA